GGCUGGCCAUCGUCGUCGCCGCCGACGAUGAUGGUAAUGGUAAAUGGCCCAUGGAGAGGCACUCCGGUCCGCGCCUCCACUGGAAACGGGAGCACGCCACGUGAAAGUAGGAAGGGGAGGCUAUAGCCGGACCGACGUCGCUUCGUGCCGCUCAGUCGUUCGUGGACCUCGAAGGACGAUAGAGGUCGAAGAGGGCACUUCCUCCUCUCGUUCCUCAUAAGGCGCCACCACCAACACCACCACCACCACCACCACCAUCACCAUCAUCACAUUCUUCUUCUCUACCAUCUUUCGUCCGCUCCUUUUCGACCGGGUGCCCAACGAAAGAGAGGGAAGUACAGAUAAACCCCGUUGCACGGCGCACAAUAAGAUAAUCGUUCAGCCGUCCGCCUACUGCGCCUUCGAGAAAGUUUACUCUUUAACGACGUCGUUGGUACACGAUCGUGGGCAAACGUACCCGGACGGACGGUUCGUCGACAGCGCGAAGGAUGCAGCGUCACGUCUAUCUCCUCGUUGGGAUCGUCCUGCUGUGUUGCGUCCAAGAUUUGGUAACCGGCGCCUGUCCCAGGAUAUGCCCACCGAGCGGAGAGCCAGUCUGCGGUAGCGAUGGGGUGAUCUACGCGUCCCAGUGCGACAUGCGGAAGAAGAUGUGCGGCAAGGGCGUGACCGUGGCCGCGGAGAAGACCGCCUGCCUGAGAUCGAACGGUAGCAAGUGCGAGCAUCGAUGCCCGGGCGAUCAGGAUCCCGUGUGCGGCACCGACGGACGCACGUACUUGAACAAGUGCAUGCUCAGGGUCGAGAUCUGCCGAGUCGGCAUCGAGCUGUCGCAUCUCGGUCCUUGCAACAACAUCUCCGCGCACAGGGAGAACUGUCCCGUGUCUUGCGAGUUCGCGCCGUUGGACGGACCGAUCUGUGGGAGCGACGGGAAUGUCUACAAGUCCACUUGCCAAAUGAAACUGCUUACUUGCGGGCAAGGCGUCGUGCGUACGAACAAGAAGCACUGUCAGACCACGAGACACUGUCGCGAGUCGUGUUGGCGCGGCGCCAAGCCGGCCUGCGGCAGCGACGGCAUCCUCUAUGCGAACACCUGCAAGAUGCGAGCUAAGAACUGCGGGAAGCACGUGUUCGAGGUGCCGAUGUCCUACUGCGUGUCGCUGGAACGGACCUCCGGCGGACAGGCGAACGCGUGUCCUCUGGACUGCAAGAACGAGCUAGAAGCGCCGACCUGCGGAUCGGACGGAAGCGUCUACAGGAACGAGUGCGAGAUGCAGAUGCUGAAUUGCGGGCAAGCGAGGAGAAAGGUGACGGUGGUCGAUUUCGAAAAGUGCCGUCCGCGUCUGACCAAGUGCACGAAGCAGCAGCAGAAAUGCGGGAACGAGGUGGAUCCAGUUUGCGGAAGCGAUGCCAACACUUAUCCGAAUCAGUGUCAUCUGAACGUCGCGGUGUGCUUAAAGGGUAUUCAAUUGGCUCACGUCGGCGAGUGCACGACCUUGAGGGAAGUUGAACAGUGCCCCGAAGACUGCAGCGAGGUGCCCGAGGAACCAGUUUGUGGAAGCGACGGGAACGUUUACCGAUCCCUUUGCCAUCUGCGGCGCGAGACAUGCGGUCAGAGGGUGGUUCAAGUUCCAGCACAGCAUUGCCCCACGACCGCGCUUUGCAAUCAGAUCUGCAGCGGAGAACGUCAGUUUGUUUGCGGUUCCGACAACAAGCUCUAUCGUAACGAGUGCGAGAUGAAGAGAGACAAUUGCGGGAAACACGUGUACGUGGUCCCGAUGAAGAGAUGCAUACAAGGCUUCCUGUUUCGAGGCUGUCAGAAGAUCUGCCCGCCCUACUACGAUCCGGUUUGUGGCACCGACGGCAAGACCUACAGCAACGAAUGUUUCCUGGAAAUCGAGAACUGCCGCAGUCGAAGUCUAGUUACGAAAAAGUAUCACGGCCUCUGCGGCCAACCGACCGAAGAACCUAAGAAUUAUUUGUACUAGAUUAAUCCAAUUCUAUCCUCAUUGGAAACUUCCUCCUCAAAAAAGAAACUGCAUAUUCCAAAACGAUUUGACUAUCGUACGAUCCGAUCCUACGACGUAUCCUACGAUCUCGAUGCUACACUUAUGAAAAACGAAUCAACCGACAGGAAGCGUCGAGCUGGAAUUUUAAUACCAUGUGUCUUUCGAAGGAAAAAGUUAUUUCGAGGAACGAGAGCCUCGUUAAAUUGCCCGAACCUGGCUCGAGAUACCCGUUAAUCGACCGCAAUCGAGAUUCUUAUUGUCAUUUCCGUAAUCGAACCGCUCUCCCGUAUAUUUGCAUCGGUCGAUCAUCGAUAAUCAAGACUGUAGAAGCGACGGCCAAUUUUCAAGGUACGUGUUCGGCAUUUUGAAUGGUUAUACGCGCGCGAAUUACCCGAUCCCCGUAUUUAUUUCGCGUUCUCCGUUUUCGGAUCGCAAACGAUCCGGACGUGACACAAAUAUCCCAACUUGAACUUCAUGAUCCCCCCCGACAUCUUCGCACAUUUACUCACCGAGUAAACUCAUCUUUAUUUAUUUUAGUAUUAUCGCUAGACUGCGGAUUUUAUGCAUUUAUAAAGGUACGAAAUAAA